AUGAAAUACGUUGUAGUAUCCGGAGGUGUCAUUAGUGGCAUUGGUAAAGGUGUUAUUGCCUCAUCCACUGGUCUUUUGUUUAAAACCAUGGGUUUGAAAGCCACUUCCAUCAAGAUCGAUCCUUAUAUGAACAUCGAUGCUGGUACCAUGAGUCCUUUAGAGCAUGGUGAGGUUUUCGUUUUGAAUGACGGUGGCGAAGUCGAUCUCGACCUUGGUAACUACGAGCGUUACUUGAAUGUGACUUUGACCAGAGACCACAAUAUCACUACCGGUAAGGUCUAUAAGCAAGUCAUUGAGAAGGAGAGAAGGGGUGACUAUUUGGGCAAGACUGUUCAGAUUGUCCCUCAUUUGACCAAUGCUAUUCAAGACUGGAUUGAGAAGGUAGCUCAUAUCCCAGUUGAUGGUGAUAAUGAGGUUCCCGACGUUUGUAUCAUUGAAUUGGGUGGUACUGUUGGUGAUAUUGAGUCCGCUCCAUUUGUCGAGGCUUUACGUCAAUUUCAAUUCAGAGUCGGUCCUGAGAACUUUGCUUUGAUUCACGUUUCUCUUGUUCCUGUUAUACAUGGUGAGAAGAAGACCAAACCUACUCAAGCUGCUAUCAAGGAUUUGAGAUCCCUUGGUUUGACACCCGAUAUUAUUGCCUGUAGAUGUUCUGAAGAGCUUGACCAAGCUGCUAUUGACAAGAUCUCGAUGUUCUGUCACGUCGGUCCUAACCAGGUUUUGGGUGUCCAUGAUGUCAAUUCGACUUACCAUGUUCCUCUUCUUUUGCACGACCAGAAGCUGAUGGAAUUCUUUUCCAAGCGUUUUAAGCUCGAUGAACUUAAACUGUCUUCGGAGCGUAUUGCUAAGGGUCAAGAUCUGUGGACUCGUUGGAAUAGUAUUACCCAAUCCCAUGACCGUAGUUUCCAAAAGGUCACUAUUGCCUUGGUCGGUAAAUAUACCAAUCUUCAGGACAGUUAUAUUUCUGUUGUCAAGGCUCUUGAGCACUCUGCUUUGAGAUGCGAGCUUAAGCUCGAGAUUGUUUGGGUCGAAGCUUCCGAUCUUGAGAUCGAAAGCUCCGUUACUAACAAGAUCAACUACCACAAGGCCUGGGGCAGUCUCUGCUCUGCUGAUGGUAUUCUUGUUCCUGGUGGAUUUGGUACCAGAGGUACUGAGGGUAUGAUUGCUGCUGCUCGCUGGGCCCGUGAAAAUUUGGUUCCUUACCUCGGUAUUUGUCUUGGUUUCCAAGUUGGUGUCAUUGAUUAUGCUCGUCAUGUUCUCAACAUGAAGACAAACUCUAUCGAGCUGGAUGAGACUAUUGAGGAUCCUGUUAUUGUUUACAUGCCUGAGGUUGACAAGAUUAACAUGGGUGGUACUAUGCGUCUUGGUAUUAGACCUGCCGUUUUCCAAGAAAGCACUGAAAACAGCGUUCUUCGUAGACUUUAUGGUUCUGCUCCAACUGUCAUGGAGCGUCACAGACACAGAUAUGAAGUGAACCCUGAACACAUUGAUGAACUUGAAAAGUCUGGUCUUCACUUUGUCGCCAAAGAUGAGAAGGCCGAGCGUAUGGAAGUAUUUGAGCUGAAGAAUCAUCCUUACUUUGUUGGUACUCAGUAUCACCCAGAAUACUUGUCUCGUGUCCUUGACCCCUCUAAGCCACUUCUUGGUUUAGUGGCCGCUGCUGGUGGUAAGCUGGAAUCCAUUCUCGCUGCCACUGUUGAUCACCAUAGUGACCAAGCUAAGGGCCCUGUCACUGAUUUUUAA